GUUGGGCCCGGAACAUACGACAUUAAAUAUAUGCGUAAAGUUGAAAUUGACGGCGAACUGCAGCACGUGUCCAGAUAUUUUACUUUCGGCCAUUGGUUUGACAGUCUACCUCUUGUCAACCGCUUCGACAUUCACGGUCAACGGAACAGCAUCAGCUACAGAAAUCGGUUGACAUGCCAACGCCUGAUAUCAAAGAUCCGCGAUAACCAUGGCUACUCACCGCGUCAUCCAGCUGGAUUGUUCAAGACGAGCACAAAUCAAACGGUCCUUACAAAAAUUAUUGGUGGCAGUGGUGGUGGUAAUAAGGGCAGCAAGGCGGACGCAGAACCAUGCGGUGCACGCAUUCUAUCCAAUAUUCCUGGCCUUGAAGGUCGUCUCUUUUGCCAGAACUUUGCCAAUCAUGUAAACUAUCCAAAGUACUUGUCACUUGGAACGAAAUCAAUCCGGCUUUUAAAGGAUACAGCUCGUGUGCCAAUGGCCUUCACGAUCUUCGUACAGGAGAAUAUAUCAAUUUCACAAUGGAUUGACCGCAAGCCGAAAGGGUCUAUUAUUGGAUCGAUCAAUGCUCCUACGUCUUUUGUCAACAGCUUCUCCAUGACUCGAGGCUACAUUGUUUUGGCGAUUUUCCCUCUGCAAGCAAAUGGAAUGAAGUAUGCAUGGAGCGAGAGUAUUCUCAACUCUUUCACAUUCAAUCGCUCCCAACCAACCUUGUUUUAUGUGCUUUCGCGAGAGAACGGCAAACACGUUGCCACAUUCCGUUCUGAGCCAUGCUUUGCAUUCCAUCACGUCAAUGCUUUUGAAGAUGACAACGACAAUAUAUACCUUGAUAUGAUCUGUUAUCCAGAUGAUACCAUUGCACAUCAACUGACGACAGAAAAUCUGCGAAAUCCAUCCAACAUGCGUCCCUUGCGCCUUGCAGCCUCUGAAGUGCGUCGAUACGUACUGAAUACAGUGUCAUAUUACAGCACUGGCAGAAACCGACAAUCAGCUUCCAACGGAAACUCGGGUCUUUUCGGUGCAUUCAAGCGCUCGUCAAAUGCAGGGAGCUCCCACAGCAGCUUACCGGAGGCAGGCUAUGAUAAACUGUUGCCACCAUCGAUGGAAUUACCUCAAAUCAAUCCCAACUACAAGAUGCAAAACUACAAUUUUCUCUAUGGCCUUGGAUUUUCGGCAUCCAGUUCAAUUGCAGACGGUAAAAUCUGGGACAGUAUUAUAAAAAUGAAUGUCAAUACACGAUCAGUGACGGGUGCAUGGUACGAAAAGGAUUGUUAUCCAAGCGAAGCAGUCUUUGUCCCGCGUCCAUCGAAUGGCCCAGAGGAUGAAGUGGCAGAAGAUGAUGGUGUUUUGUUGAGUAUUGUGAUGAAUUCUGCGCGUGCGACAUCCUUCCUUUUGGUUUUGGAUGCAGCAUCACUUGCUGUAUUGGCCAAAGCGUACUUGGGUACUUUGGUGCCUCUCAGUUUCUCUCGCGGCUCUUACCGGUUGUACACUCAUUGA